CGCAAUACGAUCUCUUUCCUUCCUCAAUCAAUAUGUUCAAAAUGGCGGUAUACCCACUGGUCAAACAAAGAAGUUGUAAAAUGGGACUUAAUCAUUUAAGAAAUUUUGCAACUGUUAGGCGUUUUUUUGAUCCUAAAAACGACGUUGCUUUCAAAAAGAUUUUUGGUGUGGAACAAAACAAGCCACUUUUAUUAAAUUUUUUAAAUUCGAUAUUAAGACGAGAAGAUGAUAAUAUGAUUGAAGAAGUUGAAUUAUUGCCUCAGGAGCUAACUCCUCGAUACGAAGAUUCUAAAAAAUAUAUUUUAGAUGUUUCUUGCCGAGACAAAAAAGGACAUAAAUAUAUUGUUCAAAUGCAAAACAAAAGACUCAGCUCAUUCAUUCAAAGAUUAGAAUAUUACGCCUCACGUACUUAUUCCGACCAACUCCUUAAAGGUGUAGAUUAUUUAGAACUUAAGCCAGUAAUUCUACUUGCUAUCGCGAAUCAUAAUAUUUUUCCUAGAAAGAUUCAAUGUAUUAGUUAUCAUUGCAAUCGUGAAGAGGAAACCAAUAAAUGUUUUCUACCAAAUAUUUC